UUAUUUCUGCUUAGUUGUGUUCCAUGUUUAGCAUGCCUGAACUUGCUUUGAAAUGGUGCAAUCUGAAUUAACUGCAAAUAGAUUAUUUGAUGCUGGUAACAGACUCUGCAGCUUGGGGCACAUCUAGCAAUGACGUUUAUUAGUCGUCUGAAAGUUAUUGCCCUGUCCAGUUAUGCCAACCUUAGACGACAUUUUAGAGCACGUUGGGGAAUUUGACUUCUUCCAGAAACAAUCCUUUUUCUUACUAUGCCUGCUGUCGGCUGCUUUUGCCCCCAUUUAUGUGGGCAUUGUCUUCCUGGGUUUCACCCCCGAUCACCGCUGCCUGAAUCCUGGAGUUUCAGAAUUAAGCAAGCGAUGUGGCUGGAGUUUGGAAGAGGAGCUGAAUUACACAGUGCCAGGCCUGGGAAUACCAGGAGAUAUUUUCACCAGCCAGUGCCGGAGAUAUGAUGUGGACUGGAACCAAACAGGGCUCAGCUGCAUGGACCCUUUGGCCAACUUUAAAGGCAACAGGAGUCACAUCCCUCUGACCACCUGUCAGGAUGGCUGGAUGUAUGACUCUACAGGCUCUUCCAUUGUGACUGAGUUUAACCUGGUGUGUGCAGAUUCCUGGAAAGUGGACUUGUUCCAAUCCUGUGUAAAUAUGGGGUUCUUUCUUGGCUCCCUGGGCAUUGGCUAUGUAGCAGACAGGUUUGGUCGCAAAGUGUGUCUCUUAAUUACAGUCUUCAUCAAUUCUCUCUCUGGGGUUCUCAUGGCCAUCUCUCCCAAUUAUGCCUCUAUGGUCACUUUUCGUUUGCUGCAAGGACUGGUCAGCAAAGGGAGCUGGACUUCUGGAUAUACCUUGAUCACAGAAUUUGUUGGUCCAGGAUACAGAAGAACAGUGGCUAUUCUCUACCAGAUGGCUUUUACAGUUGGCCUUGUGAUACUCUCAGGAAUUGCUUAUGCUGUUCCCUACUGGAGAUGGCUACAGCUGACUGUUUCUGUACCAACCUUCUUCUUUUUGUUCUAUUACUGGUGUGUGCCCGAAUCUCCUCGGUGGCUGUUAUCACAGAAGGAAAAUGCCAAAGCAAUGAAGAUAAUGGAGCACAUUGCCCAAAAGAAUGGAAAACUGUUGCCUGCUAAUCUCAAGACUCUCUCUCUUGAAGAAGAUGAUGAUACUGAAAAGCUGAGCCCUUCCUUUGGAGACCUUUUUCGAACCCCCCAAAUAAGGAGGCACACUUUAAUUCUGAUGUACAUCUGGUUUUCAGGCUCCGUGCUUUAUCAGGGCCUCAUUAUGUACAUGGGGUCCACAUCUGUUAACCUUUACCUGGAUUUCUUCUACUCUGCUCUGGUGGAGUUCCCAGGCUCCCUGAUCAUCAUCUUCACCAUUGACCGCAUCGGCCGCCGCUAUCCUUUGGCUGCCUCGACUUUUACCUCAGGGAUAGUUUGCUUUAUUAUGAUAUUCAUCCCCAGUGAUCUACACUGGUUAAAAGUGACUAUGGCAUGUAUUGGCAGGAUGGGAAUUACUAUUGCAGUUCAGAUGAUUUGUUUAGUGAAUGCUGAACUAUACCCUACAUUUGUCAGGAACCUUGGAGUGAUGGUCUGUUCUUCCUUGUGUGAUGUGGGUGGAAUCAUAACCCCUUUUAUCGUCUUCAGACUGACAGAAAUUUGGCAUGAGUUGCCCCUUAUUUUAUUCAGUGUGACUGGCUUGGUUGCUGGUGGAAUGGUAUUGCUCCUGCCAGAGACAAAAGGAAAGACCUUACCGGAGACCAUUGAAGAUGUUGAGAACAUGGGGAAGAGAAAGUCCAAAGAAAACAAAAUCUUCCUUCAGACAGAAAAAUCCAAGGAUGUGGACAAAUAAAAGAUAUGUGACCUCAGUGGAAUGGUGUGUUGGGUCAAGGAAGAUUGACUAACCAUCGGAAAUGCACAAAGAGAAGGAUAUAUUUCCUCUUAGUCUUGCUCCAUUGCUACUACUCUGACACUUGCCCAUCGGGUUUUUACUCAGCUUUCCAGAAACAGUGACAGUUUCAAAGAAUCAUUUCUAGUUUUGUUGGUGCUCUUCCACUAACACACUGAAGUCACCACUGGCUUUUUACUUAUCUUUUAAAAAAUCAAGAUCUUGUGGUUGUGAUCAUAAUUUUAUUAUCAGUUAAUUAAUAAACAUUUAUGUGCCAAGCACUAGCUCUGUGACCCAGACAAGCCAUUUAAAUCCCACAAAACUUUCUGAGACUUUAAGUCAGCAGAGGAAAUGAUGAUCUGCAUUGGUAAGGAGAGUUUUUUUUUUUCUGGAGGUCUCUAUACCAAAGAUGAAAUCACAAAUCUAAUGCUUUUUCCUUCCUCCGAACCUUUCUAAAUAAAUGUGGUUAGAGUGUGAAAUUUUUUUGAUAUGAAUAACUCAUAGUCAGAAGUAAUAGAGAUCAUGAUUCAUGAUAUGCUGAGCAAUAAUAUGAAUCUCCAUUUGAGGAUAUAUAGUGGAAUUUUCUCUUUAAAACAAUUUUGUUUUUCAGACUCUACAUGACCUCUAAAGUUCUCUUCUAUUCUAAACAUAAAAUCUCAUGGGGCUACAUGAAGGAUAUCUAUGUUGUUAAAUUUUGUAAGAACAGGACAUGCCUGUUCUGCUGGGUCUUACAGUUAUACGUUGCUUCUGGAUUUCUCAUCUUUAAUGAUUAAGUCUUUGUUAGGAAUAAACAUUUGACUCUCAGAA